UCGGCGAAGAAGACAUUGUCGGAGUUUUGGAAAUCGUCCAAAAUCUUCGGCGCUCGAGACUGUCGUCGCGGUACCAAAUCGGCUACAGUUCCUCCGCGAGAAAUAGCUCAGAGUUUCCCCGAUGAUCGAUCGAUAUUCAGUGACGAUGUUUCAAGGAUAAUAUAUUGUGGUGCAAUUAUAAUCGUGCAAAAAGGAGAUCCCGAUCGGCUUCGUUCGUGUGGAGUACAGCCUGCUGGUACCGCGAUACUGAUCACGAGGAAGCACGCAAGUUCGAACGCAACCUUGAUCGAUUUUUAUUGCAUCCGGCAACUGCCACGCUCCACGUGUUCGCUUGCAAUUAACAUUUAUGGACGAUCAAUUACCGCGGUGUGUUUUCUUAGAUAUCUAGUUCACCAGUGCUCGCGGAUAAAAUUCUACCAGUUGAUCGUCGUCGUUUCUCAUAAUACGUUGCUCCUUUUGUUUCGUUCGAUUUCAUAGGGCCGAUUAGAGAGAGAGAGGAGUUUCGAAGAGUGAGCGUGCAGAACAACCGCGGCUUGAAAGAACUGCGUGGUUAGUUAGUGUGUUCGUUUAGUAUUUUCACUUGAACCGGCGUCCACUUGCGUGACCCCAAUAGCUCCGUGGGAAUCGAUCAAGUUGGCGAAUCUUGCGCGUCGAUGGAUCUCUCGCGUUCCUUCUCGAUCUUCUUUGAACAUUCUUCAGAGGUUUACGGGGUGACGGAUGACGGGCGCACGUGACCGGGCCACGUGUACCGCGCAUCGGAGAAAUCGGUCGCCGCCGAUUACCCGGCGGGAUCCUCCCGGUGUGUUUCUCUGCUCCUGGGUCAUCGGAGAGCCUGACGCGUGACUUACGACGCGUCGUUCGAGAUUAAGAGAAAUUUCCCUUCGCGACUGCGAAGUCACGCGCACCCGGGGACCGUAGUUUCGAAGAGAGAUCAUAGUGAGUCACAGCGCGCAGGUGUACUUCCGGGAAGUUGAAGAUUUGCGGUCGAACCACGGUGAUCUCGCGUGGUUUCUCUCGCUUGGAUCUUGAUACGAGCUGACGCGGGAACACAGGAAAGUUCGGUUGAAAGUGAUAAAAAAUACGAUGUCGGCAGAGAGAAUGACGGCCUUGAGGUGAACACGGAAUUAAUUGGAGCGCGGUUCACCUGGUGACACCGCAACCGCCGCGCCGGAAGUGGAAGAAGGAAGAAGCGCAGGAUGCCGGGCGAGUUGCGCGCGCAGCCCUUAGGCACGACGAUAUACGGUGGUAGCACGAUGCAACCGGACGAGGAGAUUCAGUACGCGCCAAGGAGCCGUCCUGUUAGCUUUUAUGACAAUUUUAAGGACGUGCCGAUGGUGGCACCUUGCGUGACUUCCGCUUUAAGCGCCGACAAUUUGAACCAGGUUCGCGACAACAGUAUCGGCACGUCGAUGGCUGCGGCCAACAACAACAACAAUAAUAACAGAGUGAGCAGUGCAGUUAGCGCUGGAAAUGUGUCGAAGGUCCACAGCGUCAAAGUGACAGGUGCAGUAUCGACGGGAAACAUCGGCAGGAUCUAUCGACCAGAGAAGGACAAAGAGCUCGGUCGAGCACCGUCGAUGGCGAACUGCUUGUCAACCACGGUUCCCGUUAAUUUGGCAGCCUCGCAGAUUGCCGGUCGACACACACCCACAAGAAAUUCCCUCAGACACAGCAGGAUGAUCGUGUUGCAUCGGACCGGGCAGCGACCACAAAAAUUUUUGCCACCGCUGGUAUACCACUGGCGACUAGGACGAUGCUUGGCAGCGUUGCAGACGAUCCUCGGCAUCGCGAUCACAGCACUAUCGCUAUGGCUGCUCCUUUGGGCGCCUCAUUUACCUGUCGCUGAUAAUCCUUAUUGGAGCGGAAUGCCGUUGCUGCUCUCGGGAAGCUUCGGAAUCUGCUUGCUAUGCUGUUUCAAGAAGGAGUACCCGGGCAUGAGUCCCGGAUUUUGCCUUUCGUCGACCAAGGUAAUUAGCGUGUUUCUCGCGACCCUGGCAACAGCAACCUGCUCCAUCGCCUGCGUGUUCUCGGCGUUGCACCUGGCGCGUCUGAUGGGGUUGGAGUGCAGCCCCGCGCGCGUAUUAAACGCCACCUGCGUGUGCAGGCCCCGCGAAGAUGCAACGAACUCCACCGAGACGGCGGUCAGGUACAUGGACCUGAAUUGUCCGGAGGUGGAGAGCAUCCUGACCAUUCUGCUGAUAUUUUCGUGCACCUGCAACGCGCUCGGCGCCAUGGUGGCCGGCUGGUACACGUACCUUCACUGGAGCACCAGGAACAAACGGCCGAAGUACAUGCAGGUGCGGACCACUCACAACUCUGGGACCAACUACCUCAACAGCAGGCCGAUAUACAAUCCGAAUCUGAACGAACGAUGACAACCGACGACCGAAACCGACCAGGAUACCUCCUCGUAUCUUCGAUACUCUUCGUUGACCGUGGACGAUGGAAUGUUCUAACGAUUCAGACUGUUAGAACGUGGCCAGUGUUCAUGGACCAGCUUCGUAAUUCAUGCGACAGAUUUGGAUAAUAUUUUGGACAUCGCUUCGAUUUGAGAAAGGGUCGUUGCUUCAUGCUCGGUGGAGCUUUCGAAUGGGAUAGACGAAUGUUUCUGUUCUUCAUGGUUGUAUGAGAACAUUCAUGCUCGGUGGAGCUUUCGAAUGGGAUAGACGAAUGUUUCUGUUCUUCAUGGUUGUAUGAGAACAUUUUCUGAAGGAGGAAAGGAGCUGAUUUUGGUUCCUUCGUUAGCGAAAGGAAUCGUGAAGGAAACGGAUAAACGAAGCAUAAUGACCGCAUUUUCGAAAUCAGACUCAUUUGUCGGGGAAAAUGUUGGUUGCUCUGAAAUUUUUAUAGAAAACGAACGUCUCGUAUGACCAUAAAUGACAGCGACGUUUAGAUGUUCGAGUGAAGCAAGGGAACAGUGAGGUUUUUUUGCAGAAGAAACAUUGGACGUAUUUUGGAGCACCCAAACGACAAUAACAAUGAACGUAAAACAGGAAACGGGAAUGCUGAAGUAUGCGUGGACUAGUCUGGAUUUGAAUGUGGACCGAGAAUGAGAAAUAAUUUGUACCUUCUGAAUUAGGGUAGCAACUUCUUGUAAAAAAAACUUGACGAGUACGGUGAACGAAUGCUGAGAAUAGUUGUAGAAUUUUUUUAUAGACGCUAGUAACUAGUAAAAGUUAAUGAUUAAUGGUCGAAA